UUACAGGCAGAACUAGUAGACAUGCGAGCAGAGUUGGUACAAGCCAGAGCAGCAUCAAUAGGCGGGUGUCAGGAUGGCGGCGACGGUGCCGGCAACGUGCCCGAAGCGGCUCGGGCGAGAGCCGAAGCGGCACAGCUGGCUAGGGAGAACGCGGCGCUACGGGAGACUGUCCUAGCUUUACACUCAGAACUUUUCGGAGCACGGUUAGCUACUAAAUACUUAGAUAAGGAGUUGGCAGGCAGAAUACAGCAGUUGCAGCUGUUAGGGCGAGACAUGCGGGCAGAAGUCAGAGACUCGUUAUGGGCUCAGGUAGAGGCGGAGAUUCUGCUGCAGCGGCACAAGACCUUAGUGCGAGUGUGUCGUGGCACCUCCCCCCGGCCUGCGGCGCCGCCCGCCCCGCCCGCGCCCCGAGCCCCGCGCCGCGCACGCCCCCGCACCGUGCGCGUGCGCCGCUCCCCGCACCUGGGGCUCGGCAUCUCUGUCACGGGUGGUCGAGAGCAUGGUGUACCAAUACUUAUCUCUGAACUGGAGGCGGGAGGGCCGGCUGCGUUAACUGGAGAGCUUUACGUCGGAGACGCCAUACUAGCUAUUAAUGAUGUAGAUCUCACACAGGCAUGCCAUAAGGAAGCUGUUCAAGCGCUCCAGAGCGUGAAGGGUGACUGUGCUCUCUGCGUACAGUUUAUAGCGACAGACGACGACGAUGACCGCCUUUCUGAAGAUAAUUACAGGUUUCCUUUGUACCCUGAAGAUGACGAAGUGUUCGGUGUAGAGCCGGAUGGGUCCGGAGCUACGCCGACGGCGCCGAGAACUCCUGAAUAUAAUAGGGCGGGUUCGGAGGCGGGAUCGGUGGGUUCGGUGGUAUCGGCGGCGUCGGUCAGCGGUCCCUACCCCGACUACAACUCGCUCAACAACAACCUCGCCAUCCUCGACAUGGACGACGACAAUAUUAAGAUAGAGGCCCGCCUCGAGAUGCCGGUGGUCGCUCGAGCCGUGACGUCAGACGAGUCUCAAUCAACGCCCGUACACACGCGCCGACCCAACGCCAAGAAAAAGCGGAAACCGCAGGACUGGCGCACGAAGGGUGCGUACCGCGCCGUCGAGGACGCGCCCUCUUCCGACGAUCUGCCGCCACCCACACCCACGCCCGCGCUGGACGCUGCGGUAGAUUCCCCGCUAUUAGCGACGCCCGUGGAGCGCGAGUCGCCGCCUGAGCCCGCACCGCCUCUGCUGCAGCUAGAAGCCAAACACAUCAGAACCAACGGCGAGGCCAAACCCAUCAGGAGAGAGAGCAAAGGAUUCCGGAUAGGUUCAGCGCGUCGCGUAACCGUUCCCGCCCCCGUUUCCGCACUCGCGCCUGCGCCCGCGCCGGCUACUAACGGCGAGGCGGAGCGGGGGAAGUUCCCGCGCCUACUCGCCGGCGACGGCGAUCCCGACUUCGGAACACCCGUGUGA